AUGUCCUAUCGAAGCACGAAUGUAGAGAACCCCCAGGACCAAGUCUAUCCUCCUCAAGCCAACACGUCUGGUCAAGGAAAGAUGUACCCAACUAAACCACGUGAUGGGUACAACAAAAAUUACCAAGGAGGCUAUCAGAAAAACACCUCUGUUCCACCUGGAUUCGAAGCUAAGCAAGGUCCACAGAACCUGGAGUCAAGCAGAUGCUUCAGCAACUACUUCAGGGACAGUCUACCGGAAACGUGGAUCUCAACAAGCGACUCUCUGAGAUCAAUGGGAGAAUUGACUUCUCGCACCACGACCUUCAGACUAAGAUUGAAGCUCUCACAAGUAGAAUCCAUCAGCUUGAACACAAAGGCGGAACAGCUUCCUCAUCCAGAACGCAAGGUCAACUUCCGGGACCCGCACCAGUCAAUGAGGACAUUGAGGAACAAGAGGAGGAGAUUUCAGUUGAAACUGAAGCCAGCACCUGUGAUUGAAGAGGAACCACCAGUUCAAGAGAAAGAGAAAGCACCAGAGGAAGUGCAAAAGAAGAAGAAAGCCCCAGCUUUCGUUCCUCCUCCUUACAAACCGCAACUUCCCUUUCCUGUUCGAUUCAAGAAACAACAGCUUGAGAAAGCUAGAGCCCUGUUUGAUAAGCAAAUAAAGGAGAUUGAUAUUACAAUGCCCUUCUUGGACGCAUGUAUGCUCAUCCCUCCCUAUCAGAAAUUUCUCAAGGACGCUGUAACCGAGAGAGAAAAGAGGUUCAGGGCAUGGUCGUUCUUUCUCAGGAAUGUAGUGCAAUCAUCACUAGGAAAGUGGUUGGGAAGAAGCGUAUCUGUAAUGCCACUCACGGUAGCUAAAAGGCUUGGGUUCGAGAAGUAUCAAAAGUGCGACGUUUCCUUGGUACUUGCGGAUAGAUCAGUACGCAUCCCAGUGGGUAUGCUCGAGGACUUGCCUGUGCGAGUAGGAAACGUGGAGAUACCCACUGACUUUGUUAUCCUUGAGAUGGACGAAGAACCCAAGGAUCCGCUGAUCUUGGGAAGGCCCUUUUUGGCAACCGCUGGAGCUAUCAUCGAUGUUCAGAGAGGGAAGAUUGAGCUAAACUUUGGAGAUGACUUCAAGCUCAGCUUCGACAUCAAGAGAUCGAUGAAGAAACCAACCAUUGAUGGACAGCUCUUCUGGGUAGAGACUUUGGAUCAGUUGGCAGACGAGUAUCUAGAGGAGUUAGCCACAGAGGACCAGCUUCAGCUAACCUUGACUGAGAAAGCGGAGGAAAAGAGCUACUUCAACACCGAAUCCUUGGAGUAUGCUCGACUCUUAGACUCCCACAGAGGGACUGUUCCCAAUGACGUGGUUGAGGAAAUCAUAGGACGCUCCGUGAGAGUUGAGGAAAUCCACAAGGUAGAGGCAGAGCACGACCUCGAGCAACCUUCAGACGAUGACUGGAGCGAGCUCAAAGCCCCAAAGGUGGACCUCAAGACCUUACCAGAUGGGCUAAGGUACGCAUUUCUUGGACCAAAUUCAACUUAUCCCGUAAUUGUGAACCAAGAACUUACCCCACCCCAAUUAACCUCCCUCCUUAAUGAGUUGAGGAAGUUCAGGAGAGCAAUUGGUUACUCUUUAGAGGACAUCAAAGGCAUAUCUCCUGAGCUUUGUACUCAUCGCAUUCACCUUGAUAACGAAUCUAAGGGAUCUAUUGAACACCAAAGACGCUUAAAUCCCAACCUCAAAGAGGUGGUGAAAAAGGAAAUCCUUAAGUUGCUUGACGCCGGCGUGAUCUACCCUAUCUCGGAUAGUACUUGGGUCUCGCCGGUACACUGUGUGCCCAAGAAAGGUGGAAUCACAGUAGUCAAGAACGAAAAAGACGAAAUGAUCCCAACCAGAACCAUAACCGGUCACCGAAUGUGCAUAGAUUACCGAAAGCUCAAUGCGGCGACUAGGAAGGAUCAUUUUCCACUGCCUUUCAUCGAUCAGAUGCUUGAGCGGUUGGCAAACCAUCCUUUCUAUUGCUUCCUUGAUGGCUAUUCGGGAUUCUUUCAAAUCCCCAUCCACCCUAAUGACCAAGAGAAAACACCUUCACAUGUCCCUAUGGAACUUUUGCCUAUAAACGUAUGCCCUUUGGAUUGUGUAACGCUCCGGCGACUUUCCAAAGGUGCAUGA